CUUUCGACUGUUUAUGCACUUCAUUUCUUCUCAUUUGGUACUUCGUUCAGUCAAAACAAGUUGUACCGCUGUAAACAAAUUUUAAAGUUUGGGUGUAAAACGAGUAGAAGGACCGUGAUACUUCCGUUAUUGCUGAUUUGAAGCACCAGUGCCUGGAAGUUCUUAGUGAAACUCUGCAUUUACAGUGACAUUCCAGUUCAUGAGGCCACAGAUCUCAGAAGAGUGUCUUGGGCAGCUCAAGAAUAUCAACUAUGGAACAUGUUGGGCUGCACACAACACAGGUGUCUGAAAACAUGUCUGAGGAUCAGCAGAAACCAAAAGUUGCAGAAACUGAGGAAUUGCCUGUGACACAGCCCUUUGAAUUUGUGUGUGUGAAGGAGGAGCAACCUGAAGAAGACUACGAAGUCAAACCAGUUGCAUCUGAGGUUUGCUCAGUUGUUUUUCAUGACAGCGAGGAACGUAGCCAACAACACAUUAAAGGUGAAGAAGAAGGAGAAGGAGAAGAAGUACAUCAUUCCGAGGACAGAGAUUCAGUUCAUGAAAGGCCGCCGAAUCCUGCUGCUGAUGACAACAGUGUUCCAGUGGAAGAAGCAGCCCUCCACGCAGAAACUCCUGCUUACCUGACGGAUGACUCAAAUUACACCACAUUACCAGAAGAGUCAGAGUGUGAUGGUAACAAGUUGUGGAACAGCAACUAUAGUGAACAUGACAGUACUUUAUCGAGAUUGAGACUUGCUUUGAAAAAGAAGAGGCGUUCACGUACUGGAGAGAAAAGCUAUCCUUGUAAUGAAUGUGGAAAGUCCUUCCCUAAACCUUGUCAGUUGAAAUACCAUAUGCGUAAACACACCGGUGAGAGGCCCUACAUUUGUGGCAUCUGUGGAAAGACUUUUGCGAAAACAGCUCAUCUGAAUGUCCACAACCGUACGCAUACAGGUGAGAAGCCAUUCAAAUGUGAUGUUUGUGGAAAAUCGUUCCCCGAUUCCGGCAAACAAAAGAGACAUAUGCGCUCACAUGCAGGGGAGAAGCCAUACGUGUGCGACAUUUGCGGAAAGUGUUAUACUGUCCAUGGCAGUCUGACAAGCCACAAACGAUCCCACACGGGGGAGAACGCAUACAAGUGUGAUGUGUGUAACAAAACGUUUCCUAGACCUAGUGUUCUUAAAGUCCACAUGCGGUCACACACGGGGGAGAAACCCCAUGAAUGUGGAGUUUGUGGGAAAGGCUUCACUCAGUUUGGCAAUCUGAAGAGGCAUUUGCAUUCACAUAUAAUGGGGAGCCGACUCAGUAGUGUAAUGGUCAGCACUGCAGAGUAGGACACAGGGUCCACAGUUCCUAUUACGAGGACCUCCUCGAAGAAUCCAGCUUCAAUUGUUGAGGCUUCUUCAGAUUUUGCAGGCUGAGAAGAAAAUUUAUGGGAACCACUCAGCCUUGUGACUUGGUUUGCAAUAAGGAAACAGAUGCUUUGUGUUUCUCAUACUAACUGCAGUAGCUGGGAGAGGCUGGAGAGAUCGCGUUGACAGCCUGAUCUGCCAUGAGGCAGCACAUGACCAUCAGGGAAGGAAGCAGCUUAAUCACUGAAGAAGUGGAGUAGUAAGGGAGAAGCAAUAAAAGAUGAGGAAUUGUUUUUGUUUGGGGGGAAGGGGUGGCACCAGUGUGUAGAACAAGUUGUUCACAUCUGUGCUGUAUGCAGAGAGAUCUCUCAGACCAUACAGUCAAAAACAGUUGCUGCAGACAGGUUGAAGUCAAUGCACUGUUGCCACUUGUGUUACGUCUUCCGAGAAUUGUGUAAAGCUGCCCUGUCCUAAGUGAAUUUAUGGAUAGAGAAUGCUGAAAGGAUUAUGGGCAUUGCUUUGCAUGCCUAUCUGAGUUCCUGGACUGAGGACUGUCAAACUGAAUUGAUUUUUAAGUAAUUGAGCACACUAUAUAAACUACUCAUUAUAGGCUUGUACUGUUUGCUGAAGCCUGAACUCAAGACGUUUUAUAGGAACCUGAAGUUUCCUUCCAGAGAAAAGUAGAUUUGGGCUUGUGGUACAAAAGAUAACUAAUUUUCAUUCUGCUUCUUCAUGGAUAAGAAAUGUACUUGAGGGAAAAGAAAAUCUUGGAAUACUCCUAUGUUUAUGUACCAGGUAUUUCAAAAUGAAUAUUGAGAUUUCAAUGCAUUGUAGCAUUUAUUACAUUCAACAUAAAAUAAUAAAUAAAAUAUCAAUUGAAAGAACAACUCAGUUUGUCAUACAAAUGUUCAAUGUGAGCACCAUUCAUCCCACAGCACACACAGAGCUCUUCCAAGACCUUAUCAUUGUGUCUUGAGUAAUUGUUGUAACAAGUGCUUCAAUCCAGUUUCCUAUGUCACGUAGAUCAGCUGUAGCGAAUGUACAGAUAAAGAGAUCCUUUAAGAAACCCGAAGACAAAAAUUGUAUGGCGUCAGAUGGAGCAAACGUGGAGGCCACAUGAAACAAGCUCUGUCAACUGGACCCUAGCAGCCAACCCAGGCGUUGGAUACGUCGUUUUUCAACAAUUGUACUGAGUUAUGCCAGUGAAGCAGUGCAUUAACUUGCUGUCAAAUACAGUUAUGUGGUUCAGAUUCUUCCAGUUGAGGAAGGACAAAUAGUUAUAGUGCAUCAAGAUACAAAACACCAGCUACAGUUGCUUCAUGGAAAAAGAAAGGCUCAUAAAUCUUCUGCUGGGAUCUGAUACCAAGAACAUUCAAUAUAGGGGAGUCUCAUUGCAACUGUACUAUCUCAUGGGGAUUUUCUGACCCCCGGAUGUGUUCACAUUUCCACUUAGAUGAAAUGUUGAUUCAUCACUGAAGGACACUAUACAGAAAAUCUCCGUAGUCAUGCAGUAACAUUUCAUUUGCAAAGUUAGCAUAUGUGCUCUGUGACUAAUGGUGCUCAGAUUAAACACUUAUAAGAAAAACUGUCUGAGUUGCCCUUUCAUUUGAUGUAUUAUUUAUUAGUUUAAGUUGAAGGUAAUACAUGCUACAAAGCCUUAAAAUCCUGAUAUUCAUUUUGAAACACCCGAUAUAAGCAGAAUGAUUUCAUCAAUGCAGACUUGCUGACACCUGAAUGUUUGUGUGCUGCGUCUGCUCAUUCUGAAACUUCACUAAAUGGUAAGCAGCAGCUUCCUGCUGCACUUAAAUAUUAUUAGUACUCUUAAAUGACAACAAUACAGUGAUGAUUGUUCACCUUUUCAUGGGUGAUGGAGUAAACUGACAUUCAGCUUUAAAUAAGUGACUGUUUACAUAUGAGCACAUUGGUGACUAUUUUUGUUCAAAUGGAACAAAUUUUUAUAAUGCAAGUAGCCAACUAUCAUACAAUUCAAAAAUUGUAACAUCUUAAAAAAAUGGUGUCCUAAAGAUCCAAUGUUUUGUAACAUAAACAAACACACAGGAUGUGGUGUGUAGUGAUUAGUAUUUGGCACCAUAUGGUUAUGAUGUAUGUAUCAUCAAGUAAUAAAA